AUGAUUCUUACUGCCGCGCAACUGACUCCCAGUGGGAGACCCGUCCUGCAGCAGGGGGAGGUGGAGGUCAGCUUGCUGGAUAAGGUUGAUCUGGAAUUCCAGCCAGUUGGCGGUCUGGCGGGGCAUCAGGCGGAGGCCUAUCGGAACGGUUACGUCAUCCUCACCAACCGGCGGAUCAUUUGGGUACUGGAGGGGUCUGGCGAUGGUGCGUCACCCGCUGCAGUGCCCGCUGCCUCCAGCGCCGCGCCAGGGAAAGUGCGUGCCGCCUCGCUGCUGCUGGCCGCCGUUGUGGCGUGCCACAAGAAAGUGCAGUACAGCAUCAAGGGUGCCAAGGUGCGGCUGAUGCUGGAAGUUUACACGGACCGGCUGCGGCAGCCAGUGCCUGCCUCCGGCUUCCAUACCAGUAUCGACCUGCUCGGCCUGCGGUGUCGCGGACCGGCGCCCGACGGCUUCAAAGUGCAGUUGGAGGAGCAAGUCCGACAGGCCGUAGCCGCCGACGCAGAGUCAUCCACGGGCAAAACAACGUGCGCCGGCACUCCCAGCGGCAGUGUCACUGGCGGCCCCAGCGCCGCCUCCGCCGUUGUUGCCGCCCGCGUUGGCAGCGGGCAGCUGGACCCCCAUUGGUCCCCUCUCCGGGCUGCUCUCCAAUCCCGUCUAGGUCCACUGACGGCUGAAGGAACGCCCGCAGGUCCGGGUGCAGGGCCCGUCAGGGCACAGAGUGGCCUGGCUUCGUCCCCGCCGGGGAUGGGGCCGGGGCCAGCGAGUGCGCAGGAUGUCGGGGUGGCGACGACGUCGUCAGCACAGGGCGUCGCAGCGGAGCUUCGGCCGGACCCCCUGAUGUUGCAGCAGAUGGUGGAGAUGGGCUUCCCCCGCAACCGCGCUGCAAGGUCCUUAUUGGCCACCCAGAACACGGGGACGCAGGAGGCCAUUGACUACCUGCUCGCCUUCGGCGACCAGGCCGGCAUGGAUGAGCCCCUGGACUUGUCACCCGCCACAGCCACGCCCGCAUCGCAAGCAGUCGGUGCCAGCGCCAGCAGCGCAGCAUCGCCCUCGCCGCCCGCCUUCAUCCCCACCACGAGCCGCUACCCGGGCAUUCUGCCUUCUUCCGGCCCGCCGACGAGCGGCCAGGCUAGUCCUUACCUCUAUCCGUACAGCCCGCAGUCGGCGGCCGCCGCGGCGCUUCGUCCGUACCCGCAUCUAUACGGCAGCGCGCCGGAUCUGGCAGGGUCGGGCGGGGCGUCGCCAUCCGUGUCGGCUGCAUUGCCGACGUCCACUGGGACACGCGCAUCGCUGGACUUGGCGGGGCAGCUGCCUGCGCGGACCAUCGGUGUUGCAGGAAUAGUGAAGCGCGAGCAGCAGAAGACCGAGGAAUCGGGCAGAGCUGUGGAGCAGGCGUUCCGUGACCUGUCCGCGCUCAUGUCCAGCGCCGCUGCCAUGGUGGCGCUAGCGGAGAAGUUCCGUGGAGUGCUGGGGGCGGAGGGGAGCACAGGCGGUGCGGCGGGUUCGACGGGAACGGCCGGCGAGGACCCCCUUCUGAUGGACCUGGAUACACAGCAGCAGCUCAUCGCCCUGGGCAUCAGCAGCCCUGUCACCCGGCAGACUGCUGGCGCUCGCUACCACAUCGAGCUGUCCCGGCAGCUGGCGGACUUCCUGGCCACCCCCUUGCAGCGAGUAGGCGGCCUCAUGAGCCUGCCGGACGUGUACUGCCUCUUCAACAGGGCGCGUGGCACGGAACUGGUGUCGCCGGAUGACCUCCUCCAGGCUGCCCAGCUGUUUUUGCGGGCGGGUGUACAGGGCCUCCGGCUGAGGCCCUUGAGCAGCGGGGUAUUGGUGAUUCAGGGCCCGCAGCACUCGGAGGAUCAGGUGUGCGCCAAGAUAGCCCAGCUCACGACGCCGUCUUCCCCUCUCCUCCAAGAUUCUACCGCUGCUGCGAUCUCCGACACCAUUGCGCCUCCAGCUUGCGGGGCGACUGCGGUGCCACCGCCACCGCCGCUGGGUCCGGGUGUUAGCGCCAGUGACGUCGCACUGGCUCUGGGGGGUAUCUCGGUGGCCAUUGCAUCUGAGCACCUGCUCAUGGCAGAGGCCCGCGGAGUAGUGUGUCGGGAUGACGGCCCUGAGGGGCUGCGCUUCUAUCGCAACUUCUUCUGCCAGGAUAGCCUGAACCCCACGGCGUUGUACAUCACGCGCACCUUGGCUUUCAUCGUGACGUAUAUUGAAUCAGCAGGCCAUGUGUGA